AUAAAAAUACAGUGAACGAUGUAAGUUAAAAAUCCUCAGGAAAGAAUACGCAUUUGAAGAGGGCAUUGCAAAGAGGAUAACUUGAAACCUUUUCAUACAGCGGACGUGGGCGCGCCUUUAGUGCUCCUCUGUAUUAAUAUUCUUCAGUUUUACGCGGCACUUAGCCUGGAGUAAGCAGCGAUGUUUUAUGCCCCAUAAAAGGAAGCUAUUUCUGCCUAAAGGAAAUACCUGAAUAGGGCAGAGGAAGACUGCUUACGCUGUGGCUUUCAGAAUAUAGAAGAUCAGAAGUUUACACCGUAAUUUUGUGCUUGAAAAGUUCUGGUCCUUCCCGUUCCUAAGAUUUAAAUUUCUGUGGUUUUUUGUAUAUGCGUGUGUGUGUGUAUAUAUAUAUGUAUGUAUGUAUAUAUUCAUAUGAAGACAAAACUUUCUCUUUUAAUUCUGUUUUUCUAGACCAUUUCUAAUUGCCAAAAUAUAAUUUUGAACUUUAAUUCUCUGUCAAAUCACCUGCAGUCCCUCCUAUUUUUACGUUGCCAAUACACUAUUUUUAAGUUAACUUCCCCCGCUCCCUGAGUUAAUGAAAAAUGCUGUUUUGACUCAAAGCACAAAAGUUUUGCUUAAACUGUCAGAAGGAAACAUGACUAUUUCUAACUCAAAAUAAUGAAAAGACAGACUGUUUUCAUGCAUCUCUCUCUUCUCCUUGCAGAUGAAACUUUAUGCCUAACUCAACCCAAAAUACUGAAUACCCCUAAAAUAAUAAUUUCGAAGAGUUUACCAUUAAUUUAAAAAUGUCACGCAUCUCUAGUAUUUACCCGUAUUUCUCAAAUUAACUUAGCGUUAGAAUGCCAACCUUAAUAGUAUCUUGAAUUACCCCUAAGCGCACGUAUCAUCAAUAACAUGAGUGCACUUUUACUUACCACUAUAAUAUUUUCUUGUCCAAAGUCUGUUAGGGUUUGGGUUUUUUUUUUAAAUACAGGGCUUUUUAUUUCAUUUACUCAGCGUUGAGGAUUCCUCACGGCACUUGAUCUACUCUCAGAAGAAAUGCUUUUUUCUGAAUUACAUAACGUAUAGCCCUAUGAACAGCAAAAAUCCUAUUAAAAACUCUGAUCUUUUGGAAACCUGUCAUGGUGGUCAUGUUUUAAAUUUGGGAUAUUUUUUAUUUGCUCAGCAGACCGCAGGAAUUUCGAGAGUGAAGCUGAAUGAAACCAUGGAAAUUAGUCAGGAGAGCGAGCAUCGUUGGUAUUCUGUAUGCAUCGCUGAUACCAGAAAAAUGGUUGUGAAUGAAAACCAUCACUAUGCUUUCGAAAGACCGCAACUGGAGCCAGGGCUUCUUCGCAGUGGAAGCUGUACCACGAAUGUAUCUCUAGCUUGGAAGUUUGUGUGGUGUUCUAGCGGCUCCAGUAACACUCUGAGCAGCCUCGAGGACAUGAAAGGCGACGCAGCGUGGGCCAGCCUGCGAGGAGAGCUGAGCCGCGGCCCGGCUUCUCAGUUCAUCCUGCACCCAACACACACCUAUCCCUCGCCGUUUUCCUCCUUUCCGUACGAGGCUGGACGGGAGAGGAGAACGGCUACUGCAGGCCCCCCUGAACAACAUCUCUGCCGCUGCUCUUACUUUAAGGUCCUGAAAACCCAGGAUAAAUCAGGAAACAUUUGCCACCGUAUGUUCUUUCAGCGUAAAAGAAAUCCAACAUACGAUUGAUAAUUGACCCGAACAGUUCUUUUGAUAAAUUUACGUCUCCUCUCAAUCUGCUGUUGAAGUGCCUUUCAGAUGUGGAUUCAUUUAUCCUUCCAGCAUUUCUGUCUUAGGCAAAAUCGUUUUGUUAGUUUGUAGGAGCUAAAUCACAGCUAUUCCCUUUAGUUACUUAAUGGCGGACUCUUAAUGUCUUGGUCUCUCUCUGUGUGCAAAUAAAAAUACGACCUGGUUUUGCUACUCACAGGUAGUCUGGGGAGAUAAGAGAAUACAGAGUUGGAUGGUAGGAAAAAUAGCAAAAGUGGGGAAAAACCCCCAAAUCAGUCUUCUUGAUGGUUUUGAAUUUUUAGUGAGGUUGAAAGAUGUUAACUUUACGUGGACUGAUAUUCAGGUUAAAUGAUGCACGGAGCGUAAUAUUACUCCUAGG